AUGAUAGAGGUUUAUAUCCCGACGGUAUAAAGAAACCAAGUUCCUACUGUCAUAGAGAAUUGGACUUGACAAUAUUAGUGGACGAAUCCUCGAGUAUCAUGAAGGAGGAAUGGGAGAAACUUAUUCCGUUCCUGAAAUCUCUUGUGAAAUCAAUCAGUAUCAGCCCAAACUACGUGCACUUGUCAGUGGUAACAUUUUCCACCUCAAUUAGGUGGUUAAUAUCAUUUCUGAACCCAUCUGGUAAGGAUGAGAACUUGGCCCUAAGAGUUAUCGACGAGCUGAAGAAUAGUAAGCCGGUGUUUGGUUUUACAUUCACUGGUCAGGCACUUAACUUUAUUACUGAGGCUGUUUAUCAAUUUGGUGCUAGACAGAAUGCUCCAAAGGCUAUUAUCCUCAUCACCGACGGGUCCUCCACUCAGCCUAAUGUUACUUCUCAAGCCUCAGCAAUGCUCAGGGAGGCUGGAGUAACAAUUCUCGUGGUUGGAGUUGGCAUGGCUAGAGACUAUGAGUGCAGAGCAGUGGCUGGCUGUCCCGUCAAGGGUAAUUGUCCUCAUUUCUUUAUGACUAACUGGAAUGAGAUUAUCAGAAAGGUAGGCGAGUUGAUGGCUGAGGUGUGUGAGACCAUACCCAGGGACGCAGUGUGUCAGCCUCACUGGUCUGAGUGGUCUGAAUGUGAUGCAAAUUGCGGAAAUGGAACAAGAUACAAGAAAUUAAUGGGAGUGACAACCAUCUCAGAAGCUACUGUGGGUUCAAACGGUAAGUCUGGAAGGACAUGUGAGAUGAUUUAUGAGAACGCUGAGGUCCCGAAAGAGGAGUGCUCAGUUGAGUGUGAUAAUGGAGAUGGAGGAGAGGAAAUUAGCGUGAUAGGUGGGAAAGAGAAAAAAGAAGAGGAAAACAAUUUAUUAAAAGAGUAUGAGAGAUACAGACAUGAAGGAGAACAUGAGCAGUAUGAAGAAGAAACCAAUACUGAGAAUGAGGAGUUUAACAGAGGUGGAGCUAAGAUUGCUGGAGGAAUAGCUCUAGCCUUGUUAAUGAUUGCAGGCGCUGGAGGUUACACAUACUACAAAAAAAGGAAAGGGGUGACUGAUUCUGGCGAUUUGGAUGAAGAUUUUGCAGAUUCUAGUGCGAAUCGUGGUGUAAGGGAGAGUGUGGGUGAAGCUUACACAGUAACUGAUUUAGAUGAUGGACUCUGGAGUCAAUCCAACCAAUAA